AUGGACAAAGAAGGGGAAGGAAGGGGAGGAGGGGAAAGAAGGGGAAGGAAGGGGAGGAGGGGAAAGAAGGGGAAGGAAGGGGAGGAGGGGAAAGAAGGGGAGGAGAGGAAGAAGGGAAAGGAGGAAGAGGGGAAGAGGAAAGGUCCAAGGAUGAAGAAGGAAGGAGGAGAUGAAGGGGAGAAAGAAGGGAAGGAGUGCUUAAGAAGAGUAGGAAGAGGAGAAGAGAGGGUGGAAGGAAUGGAAGAGGAAAUGAAGAGGUCCAGGGAAGGAGAGAGAGGAAGAAGAGAUGAAGAGGGGCAAGACUGUAAGAGUAAGAGGAAGAAUUAA